AACCUAGACUCCUUCUGCUCUUUUCUUCUAUAUAUAAAACUCCUAAUCACAUUACCAGAGAUAUAAAGUGUAGAGAUUGGAGAAAUACUGGUAGUCAUAGAACGAAAGGACCUUAAAAGCAGCUUCCCGUCAAAGCUUCCUUUUUCCUAAUUCCUCUUCCUCGAUCCUCCUCCAUGUCUGAUGAACCUAAAGACCUUUUCUACCAUUACCUAUUUCAAGAUAAUCAGCAUCUUGAAAGUGGGACUGGCAGCUCAUACAAUGAAAAGCCUUCUUACAAUAAUUAUUCACAAGGAUUUGAUGAUGAUCCUUCUAAUUACAUCAUGAGCAGCUUCAAUGAUCAGAGUUUGGAACGACCUGUGGUUUAUAAUUCAAUGGCAAGCGCCUUUGGUUUGUCACGGCCGCCUUCAUCAUCCCAAGUAUUUGCUUCAGUUGAAAGCAAUCCGAAGCCAAGGGAAGUUGGAGAUUUAGGUGGUGGUAGUGGUGAUGUUAUUGUGACUGCAAACUCUUCGAUCUCUUCCUCUUCAACUGAGGCUGGUGCUGAAGAAGAUUCAGAUCACAAGAGUAGCAAAGAUAGGCAACCAAAAGAAUUGGAAGAUGGAGGGGAAAGCUCUAAGAAAGUGCCGAGCAAAGCAAAGAAGAAAGGAGAGAAAAAGCAAAGGGAGCCACGGUUCGCUUUCAUGACCAAGAGUGAGGUUGAUCAUCUGGAAGAUGGAUAUAGAUGGAGAAAAUAUGGACAGAAGGCUGUCAAGAACAGCCCUUAUCCAAGGAGCUAUUACAGGUGUACAACUCAAAAGUGCACAGUCAAGAAACGAGUUGAGAGGUCAUAUCAAGAUCCAACCGUUGUGAUCACGACAUAUGAAGGUCAGCACAACCACCCAAUUCCCGCAACGCUUAGAGGUAGUAGUACUGCGGCCGCAGCAAUUUUCUCACCUUACUGCAUGUUCACACAGCCGACAGCAGCAGCAAGACCAGUACCAACCUUUCCUCAACACUAUUUUGCGACUCAUGCUCAGAUCAUGCCUGCUCAAACAAUGAAUAGCCAGCAUCAUGAGCAAAAUCCACCUAAUAACCCUCAUCAUGAUCAUCAACUUCCUGACUAUGGAUUAUUACAAGACAUAAUUCCCUCGAUGUUCCUUAAACAAUAUAAUUAUGAGCCAUGAAUUAGCUGAUCAUCAUGUUUCUUGAUCCUUUCUCGAUUGGUGUCUCUCGUUGACAAACAAUUUCUAGAUACGUAACUAUAUAUGUUUUUCUCCAGUACUUCUUGUUGUUCCCGAGAAGGCGGCCACUAC